GACCAAAUCCCCCCCGCGGGCCCCGCAGGGGGGUACCUGUUAGGUACCCUCAGAGCUACGUCUGAGGGUACCCAGUAGGACCCCCGCGGGGGUGCAACUGGGUGAUGGCGGUGGUAACUGAGGUGCAUUGAUGCUCAGGCUAACGAGCAUGAGAAUGGGAUGCGCAUAGAUUAUGUACAGCUCCGGACACAUGACCGCAUUCUUAUCUUUCAGUUAUCGGACUAUGAUCACCGCACUCAGUUUCCGCCGUCCUUACUUGCGAUCCUCACCAAUCCCUCCAUCAUCAAAGUUGGGUACUGUGUUCGACAGUCGCUUCAGCAGGUCGCUGCAGUUUUCUCGCUGGUGGACAUCGAGAGCCUGCUCAAGUCCCGAACAAUGCCAUUCUUGGAUUUGGGCAAGCUGGCAAGGCUCAAAGGCGUGGUAAAUGACCAUAAUGCAUCUCUGCAUGCUCUGGCCGGAACAGUGCUGAAGCGUUCAUUCACUCCAUCGCAAAUUGGUAUUGGCGUCUCUGACAUGAUUGACUGCCAGUGGCAAAUAUUCACUGCGCUUCACGGAAAAGACGCAGUUGGGCUACCACUGACUCCUGAGCAAGUGACGAGUCAUGGAACACUCGUCACUCUUGUUCUCGGCUGUAAGCCAGUUGCGGAAGGAUACAUAGUUGGACAGCAUCCAGGCUAUUUGAAUGCCGCCAUGGAUUCACAAGGAAGCAGUAAACAGAUCAACAUUACAGCUUCGCGAUCGCUUAUUCACAUUACCAAGAUUCUAACUCCAGGCGCCAUCCUCAAUCUCCAUAAGCAGACAAUCGAGUGGAUUGUUGCUCAUGGGCAACAGGCUGUAGUAACAACCUCUCAGCUUCGUUCGCGUGGGCAAUCAGACCCUGUUCCUAUCCGUCCUCCAACGAGCCUCCUCGGAAUCCCUGCCCCUCCCAAUCCUCUUGUUGAAUAUCCGGAGUUCGUGCCUCAUGUACCAGCAAAUUCACCGUCUGGAGACUCCGACGAUGUCAUGGAGUGGGAUACAGAUGACGAAGAUGCCGAGGACAAGUUAGGUCAAUAUGGGCAGUUCACAUACAACUCGAUUCCUUCGCAAGAGCCCGUACAAAUGGAGAUUAAUGAGUCAAUGACACCCGCCAAAUUGAUCAACAACUUCAAUACUGGUGUCCGCUUUCUCAAUCAAGCUUGCAACGAGCCCGAUCUUCCCAGCCGUGUCCUCGAUGACGCCCUGCAUUUCAUGGACCGCUUGCUUCGCCUCUUGUCAAAGAAGAAUUCGGCUUUCAAGGCGUUUGCGCAUGACUUCAGCGAAGCCAUCUUCAUUCGAGAUCAAGCAGAUGAAGCUGCAGUGCGCGCGGUUCUGGAGAAAUACGGGAUUGACUGGGAAUAUGCGAAACGCGCCAAGGCCUCCAUUCUCAAUCGGCGCAUUCGGCGCAUCAUCCCUCCUCGCAAGAUUCUUGUUAUCCGUCUCGACAAGCUAUUCGACGCAUAUGCUGACCUUACCUGCUCGACCAAGUCUGGCUCAGGUCCGUUCUUUACUGCAGAGGCCCGUGACAUGUGGAAGAAUCUGCGCAGUACCGCACAGCAGGGAUAUCUCUCUGAUCCUCCCUUGAUUCCACUCUAUUAUCUCAUGGGCAAGGAUCGCGACGGACUGAACCUGUAUCGCACUGUUCGGGGCAUGAACUCGAUUGAGGGUGGAUUCCAUAUGGCUGUUCGUCGGAUUUUUGGGUCGUUACGAGCAUCGCCUGAGCUGGCUGAAUGCCUUCUGAUCAACUGGAUCUUACGGCGAAAUGUCAAGGUCGGCUUCCAUAACCGCACCGGUAAGAAGUACCGCGGCCAUUUCGCGCUUUGGGAUCGCGAUGAGAUCGUUGAGCUUGCAGCUCUUGUUGGCGUCAAGCCGUCAUUCCCCCUGCCUCGCGUUCUCUCGACCAGGAUCGCAACCACUGAAACGAUCGGCAUCCUUCCGAUCUCUCAAACAUUAGCGGAGAAGCUUGACAUGGUGACUCUUCCACGACCCCGUAUUACGGGAGUCCCUCAUCAUCGCGACACUCCCGUGAACAUCUUGACACACCUCUCCACAAAGCCGACGAACCAAUAUCGCUAUUUACAGCUGCGGCAACUCACUCUGUCACCCGUCCUUCCCGUCCAUACACGAAAGGAAUAUUCAGUUUUCAAGGCUCAUAUCGACUCACUUGCGUUCCGCAAGGGUGAUGGAUCUUAUCCCGUGCACGAGAGAUACAGGAAUGUGGAUUUCGAGAAAUUUGCUAAAUUCUGGAAUAGCCUUGUUGCCGCUCAGUCCCCGACAAUCCUUGACUCAAAUCAACGCUUGUACUACAAGAUCCCAUCCCAACUCGAAGCGCAUCACAAGAAUGUUAUCGCUCGUUCUUCCGAACUUGCGACACUCGCCAUUGGCGGGAACUUUGCUGCGCGGCGGCCCUUCCUUGAGAUGCUCGAAAACACGGCUGCGAUGAGCGCGCCCGGAGCCAUCACUUUCUCUCCGACUGAGGACGCAGAUCUGUGGGACGGUGAGCUCGACACAUCAAUCGGAGGCUAUUAUAGCGAAACUUCAUUCAACCCGACUGCGGGUGUUCCGGAAUCCGACGCGUAUGAUCCAGAGCUCGACUUCUCCGACAUUCGAUCAGCUCCCCUCGUUGUCAUACAGGAAAGUGGUGUGCAGCCAGAUCUCCCAUCUCCGGGACCGUCAACUCCUGCGGCCACUGCACCCGCACCCGUGCCUCCACCCGCAAACACAACCCCACGUGCGCACGAAAGUCAUCCGAUGACAUCUGCCUCGUCUAUGCCCAUCCAACAAACCACCCUCCCCGCUGUCCGCUAUCAUCCAUACGGGGGACAAACAACAAUGCCGGAAGGAGGUUCGGGUGUGGAUCGUUGUGCCGUCUGCACCAACGACUUCUGCCCUCGGCGAUGGAUAUGCCCCGGAAAAGGCAAUCGGAAGAACUGCCGGUGCAGUCAUCCUCCUGUGGUACCGCCAGGUCGAAAGGUGCGCACUCCAGAGGCCGUGAUCGAGGAGGCCAUUCGACAAGGGCCCGAAGCGAUCAUUGCGGCGCGCACGGCGGCGCAGGGAAGACGUCGAAAGUAG